GAUAAAAACCAAAACAAUAUCAAAAGAAGAACAUUUGACGAUCGUCGCCAGCAAAGUAAUCGUUUUUCUUACCGCACCCGAUCUCCCGAGAGAAAGUUGACCGACUUGCCGGAAAAAUCUCUUUCCUUUAUUCAACAAAGUUGGGAAAUUUUCUAUUUUCCCCCUCAUUUUUCUGUCUUUUCCUUUUAUAAUUCAUCCUCUCUGUAACUUUUGUUUCUUUUCCCUUCUCACAAUCAGAGAUCUCGACGCGUGGCUUCAAAAUUUCAGGAAAAGAAAAAAAAAACAAGAAACAAUAUUCGAUCUUGCUUACUCAUUUGUCGCCUCGAUUGUGAUCGUUCUUCUCCAGACAUUUCUUAAGAGAAUCGAUUUUCUCUUCCAUACCUUUUGUUUUGCUUGUCCCUUAAAUUCAGUCUUCAUAACGUCAAAGCUCAGAAUACUCUCGCUUGCGUGCCUCUCUCUCUCAAAUACCCCAUCUCUCUCUCUCUCUCUCUCUCUCUCACUCCUCCAAUUUCAUUGAAGAAGACGACCCAUCCUCCUGCUUCUCAAUUACUGUCGAGAAUCAUGGUGAAUGGUAAAGGGUCAACGAAAAAUUCGAAUCUUGAUCGAUUUCUUCAUUGCACAACACCUGUAGUGCCACCCCAAUCUCUCCCUAAGGCGGAGAUUAGAACCCUAAAUCGAUUGUGGCAUCCAUGGGAGAGAGAAAAGGUGGAGUUUUUCAGGUUGUGUGAUUUGUGGGAUUGCUACGAUGAAUGGAGCGCUUAUGGAGCAAGCGUUCCUAUUCAUCUAACCAGUGGAGAAUCUCUGGUUCAAUACUAUGUUCCUUAUCUCUCUGCCAUCGAGAUUUUCACCUCUCAUUCCUCCUUGAUCCGAUUAAGGGAAGAGUCUGAAGAUAGGGAAUACGACGGUAGAUAUCAGUUUAGCGAUUCAGGUAGUGAUGAGAGUGUAUCCGAGGAAGGAGUUGAGAACAAUGGGAUGAUCUUGCACCCGAAUGAUCGGUUGGGUUACCUUUAUCUCCAAUACUUUGAGAGAUCAGCUCCUUAUACCAGAGUUCCUCUCAUGGAGAAGAUCAAUGAAUUAGCUCAAAGAUAUCCUGGAUUGAUGUCGUUGAGAAGCGUAGAUCUUUCUCCAGCAAGUUGGAUGUCCGUUGCGUGGUACCCGAUUUAUCACAUACCAAUGGGAAGAACCAUCAAAGACUUAUCCACUUGUUUCCUCACUUAUCACACUCUUUCUUCCUCUUUUCAAGAUAUGGAACCGGAAGAAAAUGGCGGUGAUAAGGAGAGAAUGAGAAAGGAAGGGGAAGAUAUAACUCUGCUCCCAUUUGGGAUGGCUACUUACAAGAUGCAAGGCAAUGUUUGGCUUUCGCAUGACCACGAUGACCAAGAGAGAUUGGCUUCCCUUUAUAGCGUUGCGGAUUCUUGGCUAAAACAGCUUAGGGUUCAACAUCAUGACUUCAACUACUUCUGCAGCAUGUUGAUGCACAGUCGUGGCUAAAACCCGGGGUUUGAUGGCUCGUUCUCUGUUUGUUUCCUCAUAAAAUCUCAUUCUUGCUUUGUGUUUUGGAAGCACUGGCGUUUUCUAAAACACAAAGGAGUGAUUUGGCUUGGCAGCGGUUUGGUAAUAGCGUUUUUGAGUCCCCUAACUUUUUGAGAAAAUAUAUGUCGUAUACAUAGUUCGUUGCUUGUUAAAAUAGAGUACAUUGUUGUUGCUUGUUGAAACAGAGUACAUUGUUGUUGCUUGUUGUAAGCAGAGUAAAUUGUUUCUUGUGGUCGAGUGGAACGUUACUUAUUGUGCCUCAGUGCUGUUAGUGAGAUAGUUAUGUAACGAAGUAAUCUUGUAACAGUUUAAUCUAAAUAAGU